AUGGUGCUGUGGGAGAUAACACUCGGAACUGCGUAUUUCUUGGGGCUCAAACGAACUUACAAGCUUGCUCUCAGGAUUCAACGAAAGCUCGUAAGCCCUAAGUACCCUAAGAUCCGUCAAUUUCUUCACAGACGUACACGUGCUGUAUUUGAUGUAGCAAUCAAGGUUCAUCGGAGCAUUCAAAAAAGAAACAUAAAAGUGGGUAGGAAUGUCGGAAACUUCAUUUUGCGAUGUCUAGAUCGAAUAAAGCCCUCAGCUCGAAUUCGCGGUCCUUCUCCGUCCAUUACUGGUGGUAACUCAAAAGAAAGUACGACAAAGCCUACAGCCGGCACUUCCAACCACAAGCCUCCUAGUCAUUCUGUGCCAUUCAAGAAGGACUCUGAUAGGCACAUGUUUACUGCAUUAACGCCAAAGCCUUUUCCUAGCAUUUCAAAGAUGAUGAUACCGCCGAAUCCUGCUGGGAACACCAUCCAUGGAAGGAAUCUCAGCACCUAUACCCCUGAGGUCUUUAGACAAAAUUACAGAGUGAAUUGGUCAGGGAGUGUUAUCAGGAAGGACAUCAUGCAAUGGAUGCUGCAAAAGUAA